UGUGCCAACAGCUAGUGCCUCUGUGCUAUGGAAACAAGCGCGGAUACUCUGAAAAAUACCCCAACGGAUGGAUGAGCACACUUCUCUAUCGAGUCGAUAGCCGGUAGUCAAUUUGCCUGAACGAAAACUGAAAACAGAACUCGCAGUGUCACGUUAGACCCGUCCGACAAUGAUUCAGCGAGUUAUUAUGCGUUUCUGCUUGCUAUUCAACUAACGGUAGCUAGCCGACUAGCUAGCGCGUGCUACGACUGUCUAGCCGAGGAACCAGGAUAACGUGACUGGAACAUGCUGUUAAGUGGGUUUUGCCAAAUUAUUUUCUGAGCAACAAAUAGAGAUUAUCGACAAUGAAGGUCGACAGAAGCAAGUUAAAGAAAACUCCUACGGAAGCUCCUGCCGACUGCAGGAUACUUAUAGAGAAGCUCAAAGCAUGCAGUGAUGAGCAGCUGCUGGUUGAACUGCAGCACAUCAAGACCUGGAAUAUUGGCAAGUGUGAGCUGUACCACUGGGUUGAUCUGCUGGACCGCUUUGAUGGCAUUCUUUGCGAUGCAGGCCAGACAGUGGAGAACAUGUCAUGGCUGCUGGUGUGUGACCGUCCCGAUAAUGGACAACUCAAAGCUCUGCUUCUGGCAGUGCUUAACUUCACAGCCCUGCUCAUCGAGUAUAGCUUCUCCAGGCACCUGUACAGCUCCAUAGAGCACUUAACCACCCUGUUAGCGUCAUGUGACAUGCAGGUGGUCCUGUCUGUGCUGAACCUGCUCUAUGUGUUCAGUAAGCGAUCCAACUACAUCACAAGACUGGGAUCUGACAAAAGGACGCCUCUGCUGGCCCGUCUGCAACACCUGGCUGAGAGCUGGGGAGGAAAGGAGAAUGGCUUUGGUCUGGCUGAGUGCUGCAGGGAUCUGCUUAUGACGCAGAAGUACCCUCCCAGUGCCACCACACUGCACUUUGAGUUUUACGCUGAACCGGGCCCUGAGGUCAAAGUAGAGAGGAAGCAGACAAGUAGUAACACACUACACUAUAUUCACAUCGAGCAGCUUGACAAGAUUUCAGAAAGCCCAUCUGAGAUCAUGGAGUCGCUGACAGUGAUGUACAACAUCCCUAAAGACAAGCAGACCCUGCUGUUCACACACAUUCGUCUGGCCCAUGGUUUCUCAAAUCACAAGAAGAGGUUGCAGGCGGUGCAGGCCCGACUGCACGCUAUCUCAAUACUGGUGUAUUCAAAUGCACUCCAAGAGUCAGCCAACAGUAUUCUGUAUAACGGCUUGAUAGAGGAGCUGGUGGAUGUAUUACAAAUUACAGACAAACAGCUUGUGGAUAUCAAAGCUGCAUCUCUGCGCACUUUAACCUCGAUUGUCCAUCUGGAGCGGACACCCAAGCUUUCCAACAUCAUCGACUGCACUGGCACUGCCUCCUACCACGGCUUCUUGCCUGUGUUGGUGCGCAACUGUAUACAAGCAAUGAUUGAUCCUCUGAUGGAACCCUACCCGCACCAGUUUGCCACUGCACUCUUCUCAUUCCUCUACCACUUGGCUAGCUAUGAUGCUGGAGGGGAAGCCCUUGUGUCCUGUGGCAUGAUGGAAGCUCUCCUGAAGGUUAUCAAGUUCCUGGGUGAUGAACAGGACCAGAUCACCUUUGUGACGCGAGCAGUGCGGGUCGUGGACCUCAUUACCAACCUUGACAUGGCUGCCUUUCAGUCCCACAGCGGCCUUUCCAUUUUCAUCUGCAGGCUAGAGCAUGAGGUGGACCUGUCGAGGAAAGAGUGCCCUUUUGUCAUCAAGCCAAAGAUCCAGAGGCCUAGCGCAGCUGUUGAGUCUGAGGACAUGGACACAGACAUGGAGAUGUCAGAAGUUGCCAUGGAAAGCAGCCCUGGACCGUCCACAUCUUCUGGCUCCAGACCAGAAGCGGACCACCGACCACAGAGCAGUGCUGCUAACACGCCUCGUGCAGGUAUGCAGUGUAUCCCCCAGAGGGCAGCUCUGUUAAAGUCGAUGCUAAAUUUCUUAAAGAAAGCCAUCCAGGACCCUGCCUUUUCUGAUGGUAUCCGCCAUGUAAUGGAUGGGUCGUUGCCUACCUCACUCAAGCACAUCAUCAGUAAUGCAGAGUAUUAUGGCCCUUCACUGUUCCUCUUAGCGACGGAGGUUGUGACGGUGUUUGUGUUCCAGGAGCCAUCCCUGCUCUCCUCCCUGCAGGAUAAUGGUCUCACUGAUGUCAUGCUGCAUGCCCUUCUCAUCAAAGAUGUUCCUGCUACCCGUGAGGUGUUGGGUUCUCUCCCCAAUGUGUUCAGCGCCCUGUGCCUGAAUGCAAGAGGCCUGCACUCCUUCGUUCAGUGCCAGCCGUUUGAGCGACUCUUCAAAGUGCUUUUGUCCCCCGACUACCUGCCUGCCAUGCGACGGAGACGCAGCUCAGACCCGUUGGGUGACACUGCCUCCAACUUGGGCAGCGCUGUGGACGAGCUCAUGCGGCACCAACCCACUCUGAAGACUGAUGCUACUACUGCCAUUAUUAAGUUACUGGAGGAGAUCUGCAACCUGGGUCGAGCCCCUGAGUACAUCUGCCAGAAACCGUCUAUCCAGAAAGCAGAUGGCACUGUGGCGGUGCCACCAGCACGCUCCAGCCACGCUGCUGAAGAAGCUUCAAGUGAGGAUGAAGAGGAAGAGGAGGCCCUCCACACGUUCAGCCAGCAGCAGGGGGAACCAGAGAGCAACAGACAGUCAGUGCCACUUGAACUGGUGGUGGGCACUGAGGAGCGAAUACCUAUUCCUUUAAUGGAUUAUAUUCUCAACGUGAUGAAGUUUGUGGAAUCCAUUCUAAGCAACAACACCACAGAUGACCACUGUCAGGAGUUUGUCAACCAGAAGGGGCUGCUACCCCUGGUUUCUAUUCUGGGCCUGCCCAACUUGCCCAUAGACUUCCCCACCUCUGCUGCCUGCCAGGCUGUGGCAGGUGUCUGCAAGUCUAUAUUGACUCUCUCUCAUGAGCCUAAGGUACUCCAGGAAGGCCUGUGCCAACUGGACAGUAUCCUCACGUCUCUGGAGCCACUUCAUCGGCCAAUUGAGGUGCCUGGUGGGUCCGUGCUUCUCAGAGAACUGGCUAAUGCGGGCCAUGUCACCGAUGCCACGCUGUCAGCCCGUGCCACACCACUGCUACAUGCUCUUACUGCAGCGCAUGCCUACAUCCUCAUGUUUGUCCAUACUUGCAGAGUAGGACAGAGUGAGAUCAGAGCUAUCUCAGUCAACCAGUGGGGCUCCCAGCUGGGCUUAAGUGUUCUCAACAAGCUCAGUCAGCUCUACUGCUCUCUGGUAUGGGAGAGCACCGUGCUGCUGUCCCUUUGCACGCCUAACAGUCUGCCUCCAGGUUGUGAGUUUGGCCAGGCUGACAUGCAGAAACUGGUGCCCAAAGAGGAGAAGCCAUCUGGCAGCACUGCAGCUACCACAGCCUCUGGCUCCAGGAGAACCGCAGAGUCUGAGGCAGUGUCUGUGGAUUCAUCAGCUGGUGGACUGUUGGAAGGCAUGGGUCUAGAUGGGGACACCUUGGCUCCCAUGGAGACGGACGAACCCACUGCAACGGACCCUAAGGCCAAGUCCAAGCUUACCCCAGCUAUGGCCACACGCAUAAAACAGAUCAAACCGCUACUGUCUGCUUCAUCUCGACUAGGUAGGGCUCUGGCUGAGCUCUUUGGCCUGCUGGUGAAGCUGUGUGUGGGCUCCCCAGUCCGCCAACGCCGCUCCCACCAUGCCACAAGCACAGGCACCACCCCCACGCCUGCUGCCCGCGCCACUGCCUCUGCCCUUACGAAGCUCCUCACCAAGGGUCUGAGCUGGCAGCCUCCACCCUACACACCCACCCCUCGUUUUAGGCUGACUUUCUUCAUCUGCUCAGUUGGCUUCACAUCACCCAUGCUGUUUGAUGAGAGGAAAUACCCCUACCACCUCAUGCUGCAAAAGUUCUUCUGCUCUGGGGGUCAUGAUGCCUUAUUCGAGACAUUUAACUGGGCCUUGUCAAUGGGUGGGAAGGUGCCUGUGUCUGAGGGUUUGGAGCAUACUGAUCUACCAGAUGGGACAGGAGAGUUCCUGGAUGCCUGGCUAAUGUUGGUGGAGAAGAUGGUGAACCCAAGCACUGUGCUUGACUCACCCCAUUCCCUGCCAGCUAAAAUGCCUGGGGUCACACCCACCAUGCCCCAGUUCAGCGCCCUUCGGUUCCUCAUAGUUACCCAGAAGGCUGCAUUUAACUGCAUCCGCAGUCUGUGGAACAGGAAGCCACUGAAGGUGUACGGAGGUAGGAUGGCUGAAUCUAUGCUGGCCAUCCUCUGCCACAUCCUGAGAGGAGAGCCCGUUAUCCAGGAGCGCCUGGCCAAGGAGAGAGAGGGGACGGUGCGCCCGGAUGAAGAGGCAGCCUCUACUGUUUCUUUGGCACCCAGUGGGGCCCCUGGAGCAUCCACAACAGCUGGAGAGGCACCAGCAGCUGGAACUGGAACAACACCUGCAGUGCCAGCAGGAGGAUCAGCUGAUGAUUCAACCAAUUCUACCCCUCGCCGUGAGCCACAGGUCAACCAGGCCCAGCUUACACAGGGAAGAUGCAGAGGGAGAGAGAUGCACGCACAGGUCCGCCAGCAGCAACUCCAGCAGCUGAUGGAUAUGGGUUUCUCAAGAGAGCAUGCCAUGGAGGCCCUACUGAACACCAGUACCAUGGAGCAGGCCACGGAGUACCUGCUCACUCACCCUCCUCCACUUCUUGGUGGAGCAGUGAGAGACCUGACGAUGUCUGAGGAGGACCAGAUGAUGAGGGCCAUCGCCAUGUCACUUGGACAAGAGGUCAGCAUGGAGCAGCGCUCUGACUCUCCAGAGGAAGCGGCUCGUCGGCGUGAGGAAGAGGACAGGAGAGCAAGGGAGCGGGCAGAGGAGGAGGAGGCCCGCUGCCUGGAGCGCUUCAUGGAGGCUGAACCACUGGACCCCCAGGAGCUGCAUACCUUCACUGACUCCAUGCUGCCCGGCUGCUUCCAUCUUCUGGAUGAGCUGCCCGACACAGUCUACCGACUCUGUGACCUGCUGAUGACUGCCAUUAAGAGGAGUGGCCCAGAGUACAGGGAUCUCAUCCUCGGCCAGGUUGUCCGCCAGGUGUGGGAGGCAGCAGACGUGCUCAUCAAGGCGGCUGAGCCCCUGACUACCAGUGACACAAAGACUGUGUCUGAGUGGACCAGACAGAUGGCCACACUUCCCCAAGCCUCCAAGCUGGCAACACGAAUUCUGCUGCUCACGUUGCUCUUUGAGGAACUGAAGCUGUUAGGUGCAAGAGUGGUGGAGAACAGCGGGAUUCUUGAUUUGCUGAUUAAGCUGCUCGAGGUUGUGCAGCCCUGUCUGCAGGCUGCUAAAGAACAGAAAGACAUCCAGACACCAAAAUGGAUCACACCAGUGCUGUUGAUCAUUGAUUUCUACGAGAAGAUGGCAGUCUCCUCAAAGCGCAGGGAACAAAUGAACAAGUACCUGCAACCCAAUGGAAAUAACUGGAGAUGGUUUGAUGACCGCUCAGGCCGUUGGUGCAGUUACAGCGCAUCAAACAACAGUACCAUUGACUCAGCGUGGAGGGCUGGGGAGAGCAGUGUGCGCUUCACAGCUGGACGCCGGAGAUACACUGUGCAGUUUAACACCAUGGUGCAGGUAAAUGAAGAGACUGGCAACAGGAGGCCAGUGAUGUUGACUGUCCAGAGAGUGCCUCGCAUGCCCAAGCCUGCCAAGGCUGGUAGCAUUACAGACUCAGAGAGAGAAGAAGCAGACAGGAACAAAGCCGAGGAAACCCAGACGGAUCUAGACUCGGGAACAGCAGUGGAGAUGAGUGUUCCUAAAGAUGAUUCCAGCCAGCUGAAGGAAACCACGUCUGGACCCUCAUCUGCCCUGGAGUCGGAGAGCUCUCAGGGUGCCGAUAUCGUUGUACAAGGCCUGACCGAGGACAUGACCACCGUUCUCAUUCGUGCCUGUGUCAGCAUGAUUAGUGUUCCUGUGGACCCAGACACCCUCCACGCCACGUUGCGUCUGUGUUUGCGGCUUACACGCAAUCACCACUAUGCGAUGAUGUUUGCUGAGCUGAAGAGCACGCGGAUGAUUCUGGGGCUGACGCAGAGCUCUGGCUUCAAUGGCUUCACCCCACUUGUAACUCUGCUGUUCAGACACAUCAUAGAAGAUCCGGCCACGCUGCGGCACACCAUGGAGAAGGUGGUGAGGUCGGCUGUUACCAGUGGAGCAGGUAGUACCACCUCAGGAGUGGUGUCAGGCAGCCUUGGUUCCAGAGAAAUCAAUUACAUCCUCCGUGUCCUGGGCCCUGCUGCCUGCCGUAACCCUGAAUGCUUCGCUGAAACCGCCAGCAACUGUGUCCGCAUUGCUCUGCCUGCACCCCGGGGAGCUGGCACAGCCUCGGAUGAUGAGUUUGAGAACCUUCGAAUCAAGGGGCCCAAUGCUGUGCAGCUGGUGAAGACCACUCCUCUGAAACUGUCCCCCUUACCUCCUAUCCCUGACACCAUCAAGGAGGUCAUCUAUGACAUGCUGAAUGCACUGGCUGCCUACCAUGCUCCUGAAGAACCUGAGCGUCCAGAAGAACGUGCAGCAGCAGUGCCUGGUGGACCGGACCUGUGCCAGAUACUGCAGGAUGUUGGUGAUGACGUUUACCAGCAGUACAGACUCACCCGCCAGGGCAGUGACUUUGACUCCCAGUCUGCAUUCCAUAUCAAUGCUCAAGUGUUUUCUGCUGAUGGAGGCGUCGCUGAGUCUUCUCAGUCUGGCACACCACAAGGCGAAGCCUCCACACCAGAAGAGAUGCGGGAGGAAAAGAAAGAACAGGAGGGAGAGAAGAGUACCAGCUCAGAGGAGGGUAAAGCAGCUAAGGUAAAGGCAAGCAAACCUCUAAUGCCUACCUCCACCAUCCUGAGACUGCUGGCUGAACUGGUGCGCUCCUACGUGGGCAUCGCCACUCUUAUCGCCUCCUACUGCUACACUGCUGGACAGUCCGAGCUUAUCAAGGAGGACUGCAGUGUUCUAGCCUUUGUGCUCGACCACUUACUGCCCCACACGCAGAAUUCGGAGGACAAGGACACUCCAGCCUUGGCACGUCUCUUCCUAGCCAGCCUGGCAGCUGCCGGCACAGGCACUGAUGCCCAGGUGGCCCUGGUCAAUGAGGUGAAGGCUGCCCUCAGUCGAGCACUAGCAAUGGCAGAAGGUGCUGAAAAACAUGCAAGGCUUCAGGCAGUAAUGUGCAUCAUCAGCACCAUCAUGGAAUCAUGUCCCUCCACGUCCAGCUUCUAUAGCACAGCAGCAGCCAAGACACAACACAAUGGCAUGAACAAUAUCAUAAGGCUCUUUCUGAAGAAGGGACUGGUCAACGAUUUGGCUCGUGUGCCUCACAGCUUGGAUUUGUCCAGUCCCAACAUGGCCAACACAGUGAAUGCUGCCCUGAAGCCUCUAGAGACUCUGUCCCGCAUCGUUAACCAGCCCAGCAGUCUGUUUGGGGGCAAAGGAGGCUCCAGCAAGAACAAGACUGAACAUGACACUGUGGGCACUGCCAGGGACAGCAACAGCAACACUCAGGACCAAGGAGAGUCUGGUGAGGCAGAGCCAGUGGAGGGCAACCACAGGGUGCAGGGAACAGACAAUGACCUGAUGGAUGGAGAGACAGAGGGAGACACAGUGGUCAUUGCCGGUCAGCCAGAGGUUCUCAGCACACAGGCUAUGCAGGUAGAAAAUGAGUUGGUGGAUCUGAUUGAUGAGCUGCUGGAGAGAGAUGCUGGUACUGUCAACAGCACAAUUAUAGUGGGACGCAGCGGCGAAGAUGAAUCUCAAGAGGAUGUGUUAAUGGAUGAAGCCCCCUCUAAUAUUAGCCAAGCAUCCACUCUUCAGGCCAACCGGGAAGACUCCAUGAACAUCCUUGAACCAGAGGAUGAGGAGCACACACAGGAGGAAGAUUCUAGUGGCAGCAAUGAUGAUGAGGACAGCCAGGAUGAAGAGGAGGAGGAAGAAGAAGAGGAGGAAGAGGAUCAGGAUGAUGAAGAAGGAGAUGAGGAUGAUGAUGAUGAAGGUUCAGAGAUGGAGCUGGAUGAAGACUUUCCUGACAUCAAUGCCGCACCACACAUCCGCUUCGAAAGGUUUGACAGGGAUGAUGACCUCAUCAUAGAGUUUGACAACAUGUUCUCCAACAACGCUGACAUCCCUCCCUCCCCAGGAAACAUCCCCAGCUCCCACCCACUGAUGGUGCGCCAUGCAGACCACGGUUCCCUCACACUAGGUGUGGCAGGCACGAGCAGUCGCCUGGCACAGGGCAUGGGUCGCAGCCAGCGAACACUGCGCCAGCUCACUGCCAACAGUGGACAUACCAUCCAUGUCCACUACCCUGGCAACCGCCAGCCCAACCCUCCGCUCAUCCUGCAAAGAUUGUUGGGCCCCAGUGCUGCAGCAGACAUUUUACAGCUGUCCAGCUCUCUGCCUCUGCAAUCUCGUGGUCGUGCCCGCCUUUUGGUUGGAAACGAGGACGUGCACAUCAUCGCUCGUUCUGAUGAUGAGUUGUUGGAUGACUUUUUCCAUGAGCAAAGCAGUACUGGGGGACAAGCAGGCACCCUCUCUAGUAUUCCCACUGCCUUAACUAGAUGGACAGAUGAGUGUAAAGUGCUGGAUGCUGAGAGUAUGCAUGACUGUGUAGCAGUGGUGAAGGUGCCUAUCCUGCAGCAUCUGGAGAGUCUACGAGAUGAGGAACUGGAAGAGCGUAGGGAGAAGAGAAGGAGGCAGCUGGCUGAGGAGGAGGAGUCUAAGCAGAAUGAGAGGAGGGCCUCUGGAGCUGAACAGGCCAGGGAACAGAGCCUGCAGGGUUCUGGACUGGGGACAGUUAAUGGUGCAGAGAACACUGCAGAAGGUGAGCAGGCUCAGGGUGGUACGGUGUCAUGUCUGGACCCACCCAGGGUCUCGGAGGGCUUCCUCACUGCUCCCCCAUCUGGAGAGGUCACUCCCACCACACCUGCUCCUCACGAACAGGCCCUAGUCUCCCUGGAGACUGCGAUCAGUCAGCAAGUCCACCAGCCAAUUGCUGACCUGCUUCUGGCUGAGUCGCAUGCGAGCUCACUGGCUGCUCUGGCAGGGGCAGGCCUUCCACCCUUGUCGGCAGCUGACAGACCAAACAGUGAAGUGGAGGCAUCUCAGAUGGAAAUGUCCCCGGCACCCACAAUUGGUGAGAGAGUCGGAGGAGGAGGAGGUGGUGGAGGAGGAGGAGCGUUGGAUGAAGGCAGGGAAGCCUCCCUAAGUCCAGACAUUGUGGAGACCUCAGAGCCUACGGUAGUGGGUGUGUCACAACUGGAGGGGUCACCCAUGGAUACCAGCAGCCCUGCCUCUGCUACUCAGGAAGAAACUGCUCCCAACCCUGCCCAGACCGCCCAGCUGUCUCAGGAGUUGUCUGGCAGUGGGGAGAGUGGGCUGACUGACCGGCAAACAGAUGCAGAGUCUGGCUCUACUUCUGUCUCAUCACCCGGGGAAACGAUGCCCAGGAGUGACAGCGCUGACAGUCAGUCUCAGGCCAUCCAGGAAGAGCCCCUCCCAUCUACCAGCAAUGAGGAUGAGGACCCACUUGCAGGCAUCAGUCUGCCAGAGGGUGUGGAUCCCUCUUUUCUGGCAGCUCUUCCUGAGGACAUCCGUCGAGAGGUGCUGCAAAAUCAGCUUGGCAUCAGACCACCCUCCCGUCCUCCAGCUGCCACCACCCUGCCUUCCACUACUGCACCUGUACUGGGAGGACCAGGGGUUACUGAGGUCAGCCCUGAGUUCCUGGCGGCUUUGCCACCUGCCAUCCAGGAGGAGGUUCUUGCCCAGCAACGGGCAGAGCAGCAGCGUCGGGAGCUAUCCCAACAGCCCCCACAGGGAGACACCCCUCUGGAUCCAGUCACCUUCAUCCAGACGCUGCCCUCAGAGCUCCGGCGUAGUGUCCUGGAGGACAUGGAAGACAGCGUGUUGGCUGUCAUGCCCCCAGACAUUGCUGCCGAAGCAGCUGCGUUGCGUAGAGAGCAAGAGGCACGCCAAAGGCAACUGAUGCAUGAGAGGCUGUUUGGUCAUAGCUCAUCUUCAGCCCUAUCUGCCAUUUUGCGUUCACCAGCUUUCACCAGCCGGUUGGGAAGCAAUCGUGGCGUCCAGUACACCCGACUUGCUGUGCAGAGAGGAGGCACAUUUCAGAUGGGGGGAGGAACAAACCACAGACCAUCCAGUUCCAGUGUGGACUCCCUUUUGCGUCUGCGCGGUCGAUUGCUUCUCGACCACGAGGCCUUGUCCUGCCUGCUGGUCUUGCUGUUUGUGGAUGAACCGAAGCUCAACACCAGCCGCCUGCACCGUGUGCUCAGGAACCUCUGCUAUCACUCUCAGACACGCGGGUGGGUCAUUCGCAGCCUGUUGUCCAUCCUCCAACGCAGCAGCGAGAGUGAGGUGUGUGUGGAGACCUCACGUCUUGAAGACUCCCGUGGUAAGAGGAGCACCCAGGGAGGCUGUGGGGGGAAAGGCUCUACUACCUCCUCCCUAUCCUCUUCAUCCUCUUCUUCUUCAUCCUCAUCUUCCUCCUUAGAGCUACUGAACAGGGUGGAGUCUCGUAGCUCCAGCCAGCUUUCUUGGCUCUCUGUUUCUAUGGACGCAGCCUUGGGCUGUCGGACAAACAUUUUCCAGAUUCAGCGAGCAUCAGGUAGGAAGCACGCUGACCGGCACUCAGCUGGCGGCUCUACAGGAUCUGGAACACUGGGAGGAGUGUCAGGUGCUGCUGCAGGUGUCACAUGUUCUGGAGGUGGAGGUUCCACUGUCCACAUCCACCCACAAGCUGCUCCAGUAGUCUGUCGACAUGUGUUGGACACACUCAUCCAGCUAGCUAAGGUGUUCCCCAGCCACUUCACCCAGCAGCGCUGUAAGGAUCUGUCCGCAUCUUCUUCUGACCUAGACUCUCGUCUUUGUUCAAUCUCCUCUGUGGGAGGGGGUGGAGGUGGGGGCUCCAGGUCAGGGUCUCUAAGUAAUCCCAGCUCCAAUGCCUCCAACACCCAAAACUCCUUGGGCUCCACUGCCGCUACUCUCCAGUCUCUGGGAAUCUCCACUGAUUUUUGGGACCUGCUGGUCAAGCUGGACAACAUGAAUGUCAGCCGCAAGGGCAAAGCCUCUAUGAAGACAGUGCCUCUGGGGGGCAGUGCAGAGGCUGAGGGGGCUCAGUUAAGCCUGGAGACGUCCCCUCUUGGCCAGCUGAUGAACAUGCUGUCCCACCCUGUAAUCAGACGGAGCUCCUUGCUCACUGAAAAGCUGCUGCGUCUGCUCUCCCUCAUAUCCAUUGCCCUGCCUGACAACAAGGCCACCGAGGUGCCUGCUGGACACCCCACCCCACAGGCUGCCAUCCCCAACACGGCAUCCAGCUCAGGAGUCACGGCCCCAAUCACAACGCAGGGCACGGUGUCAGCGGGCUCUACCCAGCCUACUGUGUCAGUCCCUGGGGCCUCUGUUGGAGCUGUAGCCCAGGGUACAUCCUCAGGGACAAGUCUAGCAGCCUCCCAGACAUCCUCUACAACAAUCACUAUACCCACGUCCACUGGAACAACCUCUACAGGGAAGCAGAGGGGCACUACUAGCAGUACGGAGAGUGACAACAAGAUGGCCUCCAGUGGACUCACAGAGAAACAGCUUCAACUCUCUGUUGAGGUAUUGACAUCUCACUCGUGUUCAGAGGAGGGUCUGGAGGAUGCAGCUAACAUCCUGCUGCAGUUAUCUAGAGGAGAUGGUGCGACCAGAGACACUGUGCUCAGACUGCUGCUGAGUGGAGCGAGACAUCUCGGAUACACUCUUUGUAAACAGAUCGGCACAUUAUUGGCCGAACUCAGAGAAUACAACUUGGAGCAGCAGAGACGGGCACAAGCUGAUUCGCAUUCCCCGGACGCUCCUCCUGAGGAUUCCUCCAUCUCAGCCAGACUCAAGGGCAAGAUGACUAGCAGGUUGGGGCACAGGUUUGACGGGUCGGAGAGUGUGGUCAUUGUGGCUGCACAAAAACGAACUCUCGGGGGACGUGAACUACAGCUUCCCUGUAUGAGCUCACUAACCUCCAAGACGUCGACACAGAAGUUUUUCUUGCGAGUGCUGCAGGUCAUUAUCCAGCUCCGUGAGGACACACGGCGCGCCAACAAGAAAGCCAAACAGACAGGGCGAUUAGGCUCCACCAGUUUGGGCUCAGCCAGCAGCAUCCAGGCUGCGGUACGUCAGCUAGAGGCCGAGGCUGACGCCAUCAUCCAGAUGGUGAGAGAGGGUCAGCGGGCACGCCGACUCCAACAGGCCCCCCCACCCACCGCCUCUUCUGCCUCUGCCGCCGUCGCCGCCGCUGCCGGAUCCUCAGUGGCGGCUCCCCAUGCCCCCACUGGUGCUGCUCCCCCUGCUGGCACGGCUGCUGCUGCCACGUCUGAAGUGCAGUCAAUGUCAGAAGCUCAGGCAGCCCAGAGAGAUGACUCUCCAAUGGAUGUGGACCAGCCGUCUCCUCUAGAGCAGGAUCCUGCACCUCUGGAUGAAGAUGGAAACGGCCAAUCAGAGAGUGAAGAGAGACUUCCAGACCUCCCACUGCUCAGCGAGCAGCUGUUGUUGGAUGAACUAUGGGACAUGCUUGGGGAGUGCCUGAAGGAGCUGGAGGAAUCCCAUGACCAGCAUGCCGUACUGGUUCUCCAGCCCGCUGUGGAGGCCUUCUUCUUAGUCCACGCCACGGAGCGAGAGAGCAAACCUCCUGUGAGGGACACCCGGGAGAGCCAGCUUUCUCACAUCAAAGAUGAGCCUCCACCACUGUCGCCAGCACCCCUCACACCUGCCACACCUUCAUCCCUAGACCCGUUCUUCUCCAGGGAACCAUCCUCCAUGCACAUCUCUUCAAACCUGCCACCAGACACCCAGAAGUUCCUCCGCUUUGCCGAAACUCACCGCACAGUGCUUAACCAGAUCCUGCGCCAGUCCACCACUCACUUGGCUGAUGGGCCUUUUGCAGUACUGGUUGACUACAUACGCAUACUGGACUUUGACGUCAAGAGGAAGUACUUCCGCCAGGAGUUGGAGCGACUGGAUGAAGGCCUGAGGAAAGAGGACAUGGCCGUGCAUGUGAGGAGAGAUCACGUAUUUGAGGACUCCUACAGGGAGCUGCACCGCAAGAGCCCAGAGGACAUGAAGAAUAGGCUGUACAUUGUGUUUGAGGGGGAGGAGGGUCAGGAUGCUGGUGGCCUGCUGAGGGAAUGGUACAUGAUCAUCUCCAGGGAGAUGUUCAACCCCAUGUACGCCCUGUUUCGCACUUCGCCAGGCGACCGUGUCACCUAUACUAUCAACCCCUCAUCCCACUGCAACCCCAACCACCUCAGCUACUUCAAGUUUGUUGGUCGUGUGGUGGCCAAGGCAGUCUAUGAUAACCGGUUACUGGAGUGCUACUUCACCCGCAGCUUCUACAAGCACAUCCUGGGCAAGAGUGUCAGGUACACAGACAUGGAGAGCGAGGACUACCCAUUCUUCCAGGGCUUGGUGUACUUGUUGGAGAAUGAUGUGUCCACACUGGGCUAUGAGCUGACAUUCAGCACAGAGGUCCAGGAGUUUGGAGUGUGUGAAGUGAGAGACCUCAAGCCAAAUGGAGCCAAUAUCCUGGUCACAGAGGAAAACAAAAAAGAGUAUGUGCACCUGGUAUGCCAGAUGAAGAUGACAGGUGCGAUCCGGAAGCAGCUGGCAGCCUUCCUCGAGGGAUUCUAUGAGAUCAUCCCCAAGAGGCUGAUCUCCAUCUUCACUGAGCAGGAGCUGGAGCUGCUCAUCUCUGGCCUGCCCACUAUUGACAUUGAUGACCUAAAGGCCAACACUGAAUAUCACAAAUACCAGUCCAGCUCCAUCCAGAUCCAGUGGUUCUGGAGAGCCUUGCGGUCCUUUGACCAGGCAGACCGGGCCAAGUUCCUACAGUUUGUCACUGGCACAUCCAAGGUUCCCCUCCAGGGCUUUGCUGCUCUGGAGGGCAUGAACGGCAUCCAGAAGUUCCAGAUCCACCGUGAUGAUCGCUCCACUGACCGCCUGCCAUCUGCUCAUACCUGCUUUAACCAGCUGGACCUCCCAGCCUAUGAGAGUUAUGAGAAGCUGAGACAUAUGCUGCUGCUGGCCAUUCAGGAAUGCUCAGAGGGAUUCGGACUGGCUUAAACAAUGAGACUCUUAACACACACACACAGACAUGCAUACAAACACUUGAUUUAGAUUUGCCUCCUCCUGACACAUUCACACUGAUAACCUUUGAACGCACGCACACACUAUCAUAGACAUUACUGGAUUACUUGUUGAAUGGCCUAGACUUACUGGUUUCUAUUCCAUAUAAAACAGAUAAAACCAGCAAGUGAAAUGGACUGAUUGACAUUGCGUACAACACAGAGAGCCUCAUGUUGACACAAUUGUGUCUCCCUUCCCAAUUUAAUGGCAAAUGCAAGAGCGGAUUUCAGAGGAUAAAACAUGGACUAAUAUAAGAGACGUUUUCUUCAUUUAGUUUGAUUUCUCUGUACAAAAGGUUUGGGAGUUUAUUAUGUUUAAUCUUUUUUGUUCUCUGGCUGUGUAAAAAGAAAAAAGAGAAUGUUGUUUGAACAGGAUGGUUAUAAAACCUUUGGGGAAAAAUGUUGGUGGUUUCUUGUUGCAAAUUUGUGACCUCACAAGCCUUGACGACAGGGAACAUUUUUAUCGGGGGUAUAUGAACAACUUGAGAAGUUUUGGAGAUAUUCACAAAAAUGCACUUUUCAAAGUUUUGUGGCAUUUUUAAGGAAGGAUGGUACAAAAAAAUGAAGAGAAAACCUGAAGGAGAUAAAAAAACAUUAACCAUAAAUUCUAGAGUAUUUUUGGCUAUUAAAUCGCUGACCCAGCCUUGAGCCUUUGAAUCAGAGUGGAAUAACUACAUGAAUAAAUGCAUAAAAUUGC